AUGUGUAAACUUUUUCCCUUCCAAAGUAUGAAGCUUGUGCGGUUAAGACUACGUCUCGUCGAUGAAAUAUUGAAUGAUAAAGAGCUUAAUGUGAAGGUGAUACUGUUGAUGCGUGACCCUCGUGGUCUGAUGCAGUCGAGACGUCACCGGCGGUUCUGUGAGCUAUCUUCGGACUGCUGGGAGCCGUCACUUGUUUGUGCUGACAUGCUCAGCGACUACGUAGCGGCUCGGAGCAUAAUGCAACGAUAUCCAGGUCGGCUAUUGGUGAUAAGAUUCGAGGACUUAGCACUAAAACCUGAUGUAACUACGCAACAAAUUCUGGAUUUCAUGAGAGUUGAUGGAAGGAAGGCAUUUGACGAGUUCUUGAAGUCCCACACCAACAUGGAGGUGGCUGGAGUGCACUCCACGUUCAAGGUCACCCGGAACAUUCCUUUCAAAUGGAAGUACACGUUGGAUUACAACUACGUCGAAGAUUUACAGAUAGCCUGCAAAGAAGCCAUGCGUUUAUGGGGUUAUAAAAUGGCGUACAACGAGACACAUAUGAUGAGCAACGACUUCAACCCCGUGGAGGAUUACAGCAUCUCAAAAUGAAACCACCAUGCGUGGUUCAGUGAACAUUUUACUCUAAAAUAUUACGUCAGCGUGUUUAGACGCAGAAUUCUCGAUAUUAUACUGUAUGGUUUCUUGAAAAGCGG